AUGGCUACAAACGGUGCGCACGAGGCGUUUGUGCCAUCGGAUGUCUUGGAGGCUGUCAUGACCAUGAGAACCGGGGAACAACACAGCAAGAUCAACGCUCAUCAAUAUCUGGAACGCUUUCAGAAAUCCAAAGCUUCAUGGGCCACCGUCAUGGGGAUACUCCAGGCCAAGGCCGAGCCCGAGGCCACGCUCUUUGCCGCCAUCACACUUCGGGGCAAGUUGACAUACGACCUUUCAGCUCAAGUCUCCGUCGACGAACUUCCCGCACUCCGGACCCAGAUCCUGCUCCUCCUGAAGCACUUUGCGCCAGGCCCGAAGCCCAUCCGAGUGCAGCUCUGCGUUUGCCUCGCCAUCUUGGCUAUACAAAUGAAAGACUGGCACGAUGUCCUUGCGUCCGUCGUGCAGUCGUUUGGCGACGGUCCCGAGAGCCAUGCAUGCAUUCUUGACUUCCUGCGAGUCCUUCCCGAGGAGGUGACCGAAGGUCGAAAAAUCACCCUUUCUGAAGAUGACCUUGCCGCACGUUCACAGGCCCUGCUAGGAGACAGCACGAGACAAGUUGUGCAGCUCCUCAUCAACUACGCCCAGUCCUCGCCCGCCGCCGCCCGCAACCCCCAGCUGAUGGAAUGCAUCACCUCCUGGUUGAGGGAGGUGCCCGUCGCCGACAUCGUCAACUCGCCCUUGCUGAACGUCAUAUUUGAUGGUGUUUCCAGCGACGAAUGUGGCCAGGAAGCGUCCGAAUGCCUUUGCGUUCUUCUCAGGGAAGCGAGCGACGUUGAUGAAAGUCAAGAUGUCGUUCACGCCCUCUUCCCCCGCGUCCUCGCCCUUCGACCUCAGAUCGCAAAGGCGGCGGAGGAGGAGGAUACGGAAAAGCUCAAGUCCUUGACAAAGGUCUUUGCCGCUUCUGCCGAGAGCUGGGUCGUCGGAAUCGCCCGUCAACCGGCUCAGUUCAAGCCCCUGGUCGACGCCGUUCUCGAAUGCGCCGCCCGGGAUACGGAUCGAGACGUCAUCGAGCACACAUUUACCUUCUGGUAUGAUCUCAAGCAGUACCUCGUUCUCGAAAUAUACAUGCAAGGCCGCCUGGAAAUGGUCGACGUCUAUUCAAAGUUGGUGGACAUCCUCCUGAAACACCUGCAAUACCCGACGCCGGAUUCCGGCAAUGAAGCAGACCUGUUCGACGGGGACCGCGAGCAGGAGGAAAAGUUCCGGGAAUUCCGUCACCAAAUGGGCGAUGCCCUGAAGGAUGCCUGCGACGUCAUGGGCGUCACCGAUUGCCUAACCAAGGUGCUCCAUGCCGUCCAGCUCUGGAUGCAAAAGUAUGCCGGUCACGUCUCGGGCACCAGCGUCCCCCACUGGCAGGAGCUUGAGGCUCCCCUGUUUGCCAUGCGCGCCCUUGGCCGUAUGGUCGACAAGGACGAAAGCAUCGUCAUUCCUCAACUCAUGCCGCUGCUUGUCCAGAUGCCCACCCACGAAAAGUUGCGCUUCGCGACCAUCAUGGUCCUGGGGAGGUAUACGGAGUGGACGGCGGCGCACCCCGAGUAUCUGGAGCCGCAGUUCAACUAUAUUGUCAGCUCGUUCCAGUCCGACUCGAGGGAGAUCAUGCGAGCUGCCGCACUGUCCAUCAAGUUCUUCUGCACCGACUGCAAGCAUCUGCUGAGCGGUCAAGUCGUCCAGCUGCAGGCGUUUUACGACCAGACCUUGGACAAGCUUCCGGACGUCAGCAAGGAGGAGAUGACCGAGGGCGUCGCGAAUGUCGUCGCCGUCCAGCCUGUGGCCGAGACGUAUCGGCUCCUGAAGCUUUACUGCGACCCUCUUGUGCAGAGGCUGAUGUCCAAGGCCAACGGUGCAACGGAUGAGGAAGGAAAGCUGGCCGUCGCAGACCACCUUCAACUCAUCACCAUCUUCACCCAGAACGUGACGCCAUCGGUCAACCCGGGAGAGGAGAACCCUGCGGUCAAGUACUGGCAAGAGGUAUUCCCCAUCCUGUCGACGGUCCUAGACAACUUCCUGGACUUUGGUCCCAUCUGCGAGCGGAUUUGCCGAUGCUGGCGCAAUAUGAUCAUCUCGUACCGCACCGCCAUGGCUCCGCUGCUGCCGGACAUGGCGAAUAAGCUGGCAAGCAGCUUCAACGUCGCUCGGGAAGGUUGCUUCCUUUGGGUCACCUCGGCCAUCCUGCGCGAGUUUUCGGAGGAUCGCGAGAAUGUCAACCAGGCGACGAGGGACAACAUUUAUACCUUCUUCGAGGCUCAGACAACGGCCUUUCUUCGCGUCAUGACGGAACUCCAGCCUAAGGAGCUGCCGGAUGUCAUUGACGACUUCUUCCGCCUCGUGAUCGAUGCGCUGCUGUACUGUCCACAGAGACUGGUGCCCUCGCACCUCUUGGUGCCGGUUCUCGAAGCUGCCAUCUAUGCGCUAACGCUGGAGCAGCGGGAUCCUCUGUCGUCGACGUUGCACUUUGUGCGAGAUUUGUUGUCGUAUGGAGGCAACAAUCCGGCCAGCAGCGAGGGCCUACCGGAGCCGACCGCGGGAGAGAUCCGGGGCAUCAUCAAGAACCUCCUGAUGAGCCACGGCACAAACCUGACGAAGCAGGUCAUGGCCGGAAUGAUGAUCACCUUCCCGCGAGACUGCUUCGCCGACGGUAGCGGGGUCCUCCUGGCCAUGUUCGAGCUCCUGCCGGCGGAGACGACGGAGUGGGUGUCCCACACGAUUCAGCUGCUGCCCCCGGGAACCGUGACGGCAGCGGAAGCCCAGAGAUUGGUGACGAAGAUCAGGGAACGGCUGCAAUCUGGUGACUCCAGCGGCCUCCGGCACGUCAGGGUGCUGCUGCAGGACUUUACAAACUCGUACCGUCGACGGAACGUGGCUCCUCGUGAUGGCCUCGGCCAGCUGGAGGCCACCCGCUUCCAGUUUUCCGGCUGA